GCUGGUCCAUGCUGGUCCCGGUCUUUGUUCUGGGGCCGGCGCGAGGACAUGCGCCGCUGACGAUGGAGGUGGAGGACUCGGGCGGCGUGGUGCUCACCGCCUACCACUCGUACGCACGCUCCCAGCCGACUGGCCCCGAACCGCGCUGCACGCCCCGGGCCGCUUCCAGCCACCCGCUCAGCAGAAAAUCCAUUCCUCGCUGUCGAAGAAUUAACAGGAUGCUCUCCAAUGAAUCCCUGCAUUGCCCUGCGUUCAGUCGCUCCAACUCGCAAGCCUCCGUAGACAGCGCCUCCAUGGAGGAUUUCUGGCGGGAAAUAGAAAGUAUCAAAGAGAACAGCCUGGGAGGGCAGGAGGAGCAGCCGCCAGCCGAGGUCAAGCCUGUGGAUGAGGGUGAACUUGAAGCAGAGUGGUUGCAAGACGUGGGUUUAUCAACUCUGAUCUCAGGCGAUGAAGAGGAAGAUGGAAAAGCCUUGCUCUCUACCUUGACUCGGACCCAAGCAGCUGCAGUGAAAAAGAGAUAUAACACCUAUACUCAGACCAUGAGGAAAAAGAAUAAGCAAUCUGUCAGAGACGUCAGAGACAUCUUUGGAGCCAGUGAAUCUCCUACAGGUGCUUCUUGUGACAACCAUACUACACAGCUGGAUGGCACUGAAGAAGACAAGGAGCUCCGAGGAGUUAUCACAAGUGGUCCCAUGCCAGAUGAUGCUUCUCUCAACAGUACCACCCUGUCUGAUGGAGCCCAGGAUGAAGAAGGGAGUUUUGCAGUUCCCAGGAGCGGCUCCAGGUCUAUACUUGAGGCGAUCCCUGACAUACCAGUUCAUUCCAAUGGAUCUGCAGGCCCGGGACAGUCGCUGCAGACCGCAGUGAGUGAUGGUGGUUAUCUGGGAAAGAACAUUCCUCCAGAGGCUGAAGAGCUGUCCUUUGAAAUAUCUUAUUCAGAAAUGGUUACAGAGGCUCCAAAAAGAAGUAAAUUUAAGAAGUUGGAGAUUAAGAAAGAAGACUAUGCUUUAACUAAAUUUAUCGUUCAGAAAACCAGACUUGGCUUGACGGAAGCAGGAGACUUGUCUGCUGAAGACAUGAAGAAAAUCCGCCAUCUCUCUCUCAUUGAGUUGACAGCCUUUUUUGAUGCCUUUGGAAUUCAACUGAAGAGAAAUAAAACAGAGAAAGUAAAAGGGCGAGACAACGGGAUCUUUGGAGUUCCACUCACAGUCCUCCUGGACAAUGACCGUAAGAAAGACCCUGGAGUGAAAGUUCCCCUGGUGUUACAAAAAUUUUUUGAGAAAGUUGAGGACUCGGGUCUGGAAUCUGAAGGAAUUUUUCGACUUUCAGGAUGCACAGCCAAAGUGAAGCAAUACCGCGAAGAAUUGGAUGCCAAGUUUAAUGCAGAUAAAUUUAAAUGGGACAAAAUGUGCCAUCGAGAAGCUGCUGUGAUGUUGAAAGCGUUUUUCAGAGAACUUCCCACCUCUCUCUUCCCUGUGGAAUAUAUACCUGCCUUCAUCGCUCUCAUGGAAAGAGGGCUUCACAUCAAAGUGCAACUUCAAGCCUUGCACCUCAUGGUCAUGGCACUGCCUGACGCUAACAGGGAUACAGCCCAGGCCCUCCUGACGUUCUUCAACAAAGUGAUCGCCAAUGAAUCCAAAAACCGAAUGAGCAUAUGGAACAUUUCGACUAUCAUGGCGCCCAACCUCUUCUUCAGCAGAAGCAAACAUUCUGACUACGAAGAGCUGCUGUUGGCAAACACUGCGGCCCACAUCAUCCGCCUCAUGCUCAAGUACCAGAAGAUCCUGUGGCAGGUGCCGUCUUUCUUAAUCAGCCAAGUAAGGAGAAUGAACGAGGCCACGAUGUUGCUAAAGAAGCAGCUCCCGAGCGUGAAGAAGCUGCUGCGGAGGAAGACCAUAGAGCGGGAGAUUACAAGCCCCAAGACUUCAAAGGUACUACAAAAAUCACCCUCUUCAAGAAGAUUGUCUGACGUGCCAGAAGGAGUCAUCCGGGUCCAUGCUCCACUUCUCUCGAAGGUAUCCAUGGCCAUUCAGCUUACCAGUCAAACCAAAGCCAAAGACAUAUUGGCGAAAUUCCAGUAUGAGAGCAGUCACGGUCCAUCAGAGUGUAUUAAGAUUCAGAACCAAAGGUUAUACGAGAUUGGAGGAAAUAUAGGACAGCAUUGCUUGGACCCAGAUGCAUAUAUAUUGGAUGUAUACCAUGAAAAUCCUCAAGCAGAAUGGGUAAUUAAGCCCCAACCAAGUCUUUGAAAUGUCCACAAGGUGGCUGCUGUCCUGUGUUACAUGCCAAGAAGAUCCUAGCCUUGGUGGGGAAAAAAACAAGACUGCUUUUACCACCCUUGUUUCUCUAACCCUCUCCGUGUUCCUUGGUCCUGAGUGCUGGCGUCUGCAGCACUGUCAGAACGGUGGGAGAGGAGCUGGCUCACCAUUCGAGAGCAAGUUUUCUCACCGUGCUUCUGGGUUAAAAGGCAAAGCGAGAGGAUGUGAUCCUGCCAGAAGACAGGCCAGUGUGAAAUACGGGACUGCAAUCAUGUCUGGUACUUUGACUUCUCAGCCGAAAUGAACUUGGCCUUACACCAGGGGAUAAGCAACAGUUCUUCACGUAGCCAAUGCUACCAGACACAAGGAGAAAGAGACCUUUUUUUUUAUACUUAACGUUUUCUGCACAUGUUGACCAUUUUGAACAACAAUGCCAGAAAUAGCCUUACUUUCUGCCUUACAAAGUAACCCAGAUCUACUUUGCAAAGGGAAUCCACUUCUCUAACGUGAAACAUACAAUAUUUAUGCUCUGACUUGCUCCUGCAUUUGGAGGAAGAACUUCCGUUUAAAAAAAAAAAAAAACUGUAUUGUUGCAUACAUCAUACUGUAUUAAGGCUAUAGCGUUCUGGUGCAAAUGAACAUUUCCCUAUCAGUAACUUUUGAAGUUGAUAUGUUUAAAGCUUACUCUCUUGUGAACACAGGUCCCCAUAGUGAAGCAUACUUUGACAAAGGGGGUCUUCGGCUUCCAGAACUUUCUCUGUAGUCAGCUGUCACACAGCCUAUUUUCGCCUCAUGGUGAUGGUGCUCAGUGACUGCAUCUCUCCACCUGCCAGGCAGUUUCCUUUGCUGAACAAACAUAUCGCUUUUUAUAUUUUACAACUGUAGAUAGUAAUUCCUAAAGCCCCAAUUUAAAAGCAGAAUUGCUCUUCUUUGAAAGUACUGAAAAAUACCAUAUCAAUGUCUGAUAAGCUACAAAAGCAGAUUUUGCUUUUGUUCAUUAAUCAUAGACGUGAUCAGGCGCUGGGAUUAAGAUCAGACGUUGAAGUCAGGUGCAUGUUUGGUGAGCUGAAAACUGUCUCUCUAGCGAGGUACCACGGAGUCAUUUUCUAGACCUGCAAUUGGCUGGAACACACGUAUCUCAGACUUGCACUUGGAGUGCACAGAUUGAGACUUUGUUGAGUUUACCUCAGUGUUAAUGAGAUGCAAGACCCGAAUGCCUCUCCUGCAGUUCAUUUUGACAUAGUUGCUCAUAAACGAAGAAAACACUUUUUAAUCUGCUUACCGGUCUCAAAAUGUGUGAUGAUAUUUUUAAGCCGACAUAUAGAACAAAUAUUUUAUAUGCCACAUUAUGCCUUGGUGUCUACACAAGACAUGACUUAUAUUCAACAUGCAGGUACUUGCAUUUCUAGUGUUUAGGAUGUAAAAGGAUAUUAUAGAAAACACAAAGAUCCAUUCAUUUGAUUUAUUUGGGAAUUUUUAGUUCCUUUGCCUGAAAACCCGUUUGAAAGUAAAUGUGUGUUCCAUAGGUUUGUAUUGGUUCCUGCAUUUCACCAGUGUUCAGUGGACUAAUUGAUGGCAUGUGCGUUUACAUUAUGAAUUUCCAUAGACUGAAAAAAAGUGUUUUUAAACCACAGGAGUAAACAUUUUACUCUAUGUAGUUGCCAAAUAUUAAGACAUAGGAUGCCAGUAACUUAUGUCCUUACAUGGAAGAAAUUCUUCAGAUAGCUGCCUUAUAUGGCUAUGUAUAUACAAAAUACGACCGAUUUUUCUCGUUCUAUUUGGUCUCAUCAGAGUAGUUAACCUCUGCUGCAUUUUACACAAAAUUCACAUAUCUGUUCAUUUAUUUUUCCAUUUCAGAAUUUUUGUUUCUUUGGACAGGAAACACAUUAGAACCUAAACAUAAGUUCUAAAAGUUUUAAGGUUUACUCCAACUUUUAAUGAAUUUUCAAUAAGUGGCUGAUAGAUGACAGGUAAAAUACGCUAAGUCUCAAUUUCUUAGCCACUUUUUUGUGGCAAAGACUUAGAAGAAUCAGUAAUUUAAAAUGAGUCACUUCAUUCUAUUCAAGGGCUAUGACAACUUUCAAAUAGCUAUCCUAUGGAGAAACAACUUGUGUCAGUACCGUUGGACAUAAUCUUUAUCCUCAGUCUUAGCACUCACUAAUUGGUUAGAGAAGAAUUUUGGUAAAAAGACUAUGUAUGGUUAAAGAGGUUUUUACUAAUUUUAUAAUAAACAAACCUCUGCUAUUAAAAUUCGAAAGUGCCCUUCACCUAGAUAUUGAGAGAACUGUUGCCUUAUCAAGAGGUUUUUGUUGUUGUUUGUUUGUUUUAAUUUCAGUAAUCAGUCUGUGAAAUUAAACAGCAAAUUUCCAAUGAAAGGUCACAUACCCAGCUUCUAGUUGCUAUUCUCCGUACCUUCUUGCCUUCAAUCCAUAGCAAGUUUUCUUGGUAUCCAAUUAGGAAAAUUGUACCCUCCAGGGAGGUAUUAGAAGAAGUUAACAUUUGAGGAACACUUAGAAAAAUUCAUAGAGCUGGCUCAUUUUUUCCUCCGUUUUGCAAAAAAGGAUUCUUUUGCUAAAUAGGGCACUUGGGGAUAUGCUCCUUGGAGUCAAUGAUCUUUGAACAAACUGGAAUAUUAAUUCUUCACAAUGUAUAUACCGUAUAAACUACCUCACUUGCCUUUCUUGGGAAAAAAAAUUAAUGGACUUUAACAAUUUUUGUUACAAUCUGUCCCUGAGUCUUAAGUCUUAUUUAAAUCCUUGCAGUUAGCUUUCAGUGUACAUCUAGUGAUGUACCUUUAAUGAUGUAAAAUAUUUUUAGCAAAAGCUUUAAAACCAAAACUGUGAUCUGAGGAAUACUCUGAGAGAAUCUGUAUCCCUUAGCCAUUGUCUUGUGUUUCUGACUAUGUGGCAAUGCAGGUUUUCAAGAGUACGAAUUAAUAUUCAGCUUUUCUUUGAGGCAUUUUCAACUGCUGUCCACAUAUUUCACUCCUCCGAAAAGUAACAUGAGAUUAAAAUGUCUCUUCCUCCUAGCUAGAAUAUUCAACUAUUUUUCACAUAAGUAUUACUUGCCUGAAAAGACCAUAUAUUAUUGGAAUGAAAUAGUUCCUCUGACAGGCAUUUUUCAACUUUCCCAUAAAUAUGUCACUUAGUAAAAAUAAUAUGACAUGGAAUUAAAGUGUUUCUUCCAAGGAUUGUCAUCAGUUUUACAUACACGCAUGCACACACACCAGAAAUUUUCAACUAUUUUCUAAAACCAUGUGAUUUGAUUGAAAAAUCAUAUAUAUCACUGGAUAAUGCCAAUGUUUUAUGUUUUAUCCUAUUUCAGGAAUUAAUAUGAAUGCUUUUGUCCCAUCAGCUUUCUUUGUUUAUGUAGGAUCUGUAUGUUGCAUUUUAUCCAUCAAAAUA